UUUGUGAAUUUACCUUUGAUCAGGGUUCAUUUCGAAUUCAUAAAUCUAUAACGGAUUUACCUAAGGCCAGUCAGUGUUUGUAGUUGGAUACAAUUCGUGUGGAUAUCUUUUUAAAAUGGCGGAAGCGAUCAAUGGCGAUGGAGGGAUUAAGCUUACGAGUUUUGACAAAGAAGAUGACCAUGACGACGUGGAGAAGGAGGUCGACAUCAAGAGCAUCGCCCAGCAAAGAGCUGACGAUAUUAUGAAGGAGACAUCGAGUAGGGUUAUGUAUGCCGUGGGGGAUAGACCGCCUUGGUACACUACCAUUAUACUCUCCUUUCAGAAUUCUUUAGGAAUGUUUAGUGGCGCCCUCUCCAUGCCCUUGGUUGUCGCUCCGUACCUAUGCAUCCUGGAUGAUCACUACAGCCUGUCACGUGUCUUUGCAUCAACAUUCUUCGUCGCUUCAAUACAGACCCUGUUGCAGACUACCUUCGGUGUCCGAUUACCCAUAGUUCAAGGACCGACAAUGACCUUCGUACUUCCAAUGUUUACUCUGAUGUCACUCCGGGGUGAAUGCCCUGUAAUUGGAGAUCCUGUUGGUAAUGAAACCAAUGUCACCGUAACGGUAGAGGAUGUCAGAUCAGAAUUCCGGAUCAGAAUGAGAGAGUUCCAAGGAGCUCUCUUGAUAGCUUCCCUGUUCGAGACCCUUGUUGGUUUCCUCGGCAUCGUAACCCUGGUCAUGAGAUUCAUUGGACCGAUAACCAUAGCACCAACAGUCGGACUAAUCGGAUUCUCACUAUUUGAAAUCGCAAUCCUGCAAGCUGAGAGUAAUUGGGGAAUAUCUGCUUUCGUGGUAAUCUUGGUAGUGCUUUUCUCCCAGUACAUGGAGCGUCUGAUGGUGCCUUGUUUAUCUUACUCGAAGGAGAAAGGCAUCCACAUCUCCCGGUUUCCCGUAUUCAGAAUAUUCCCGAUCCUUCUGGCAACUCUAUUAGGAUGGCUGCUUUGCUACAUUCUGACCAUCACGGAAGUAUUUCCUAGUGACCCGGAAGCAUCUGGUUACCGAGCCAGGACAGAUCUCAGAGACGAAUCCUUCCGAGAAACAGACUGGUUCUUUUUCCCAUCUCCAGGCCAGUGGGGUGCUCCUACCUUCAAAAUUGGUGGAAUCCUGGGAGUAACAGCUGGCACAUUUGCAUCCAUCAUUGAAUCUAUUGGAGAUUACUACGCAUGCGCAAAGUUGGCCGGAGCGCCACCCCCACCCGGUCAUGCGCUGAACCGGGGCAUUGGUAUGGAAGGACUCGGCGGAUUCUUUUCGGCAUUAUGGGGUACCGGUACCAGUUCUACGUCAUAUAGUGGUAAUGUUGGUUACAUCGGAAUAACAAAGGUUGGAAGUCGACUUGUUAUACAAGGAAUGGCUCUAAUACUAUUAUCGGGCGCUUUUCUUCUGAAAGUUAGCGCCUUUUUUGCCCUUAUUCCUUUACCGGUUGUAGGCGGGAUAUUUGCAGCCACCAUAGGUAUGAUUGCCGCUGUCGGUAUGGCAAAUCUUCAAUAUAUCGACAUGAACUCGCCCCGUAAUCUCUUCGUUGUUGGGAUCUCUUUUUUCUUGGGUCUCGCUCUUCCACAGCAUAUUCAAAGAAAUCCCACCCUUAUCCAAACAGGAUCAGACACACUUGAUCAAGUUCUGCUUGCGGUCCUAUCAACGAGUAUGUUUGUGGGUGGUGCAGUUGCUUGCUUUCUGGACAACACUGUACCAGGAACAAUCGAAGAGCGAGGAAUGACUAAAUACUUGAAGUUAUACGAUGAUGACAGGUAUGCAGGAGAAUACGACGAAGAAACCGAGGAUAAGAUUGAAAAGGAGGUGACUCGCAUUGUCAAUAAGUGUUAUGACAUGCCAUUUGGCAUGGCUCGCCUUCGUAGCUGGUCCUGGUCCUAUUACGUGCCGUUUAGUCCAACGUUUAAGGGAUUUAAUAUCCGAUGUGGCUGCAAGAAACAAGAAGCGAAGGCCUCGUAGGUGAUCUUGGAACAGACUUUUAUUAAGGGGAGUCUAACCGGAAUGGAUAGUCGUUUCAUAAUUGAUAAGAGAGAGAUAUAGGUGGAAAAUCGACAAAAUACUACCAAAAUAAGAAAAUUCUGAUUUUUUAUAAUUUGGUUUAAAAAAACAUGCUCGAGUGAUAAGGUAGAGACAAAUUAUCUAUUGGCUCUAAAAAUGUCAGAAAUAUCAUCUUGUCAGAGUUUUAGUCAGUACGAUAUUUUGGUUGUAUGUAUAGCAUUUGGACAUUCUAUAAAGCGGAAAUUAUGUAUAUAAUAGUUUGUUACUAAUCCGAUAGCAAAAUGUUUAGGAGAAAGAACACGACAAAUACAAGAAUUUCUCUCUUUCGCAUGUCAAAAUAUACUUUUAAAAUUUAUGAUUUGGAGAUUUACACAGUCUUUUUUUUCAUUUUGAAAAUGGACAUAUCUUUCUUGUUCUUUGACAGAUAUGCAAGGGCUGACAAUUUGUCCUGUUAGUCAUGUAUAAAUUUAUCAGCUAUUUGUGACAGUAUUUUUGUUACACUGAAAUAUCCCAAUAAUAUUUUGUCAUAUCAACUGCAUUCUAAAGAUCUGGUCAAAAUUAUUGUUUUGGUGAAAUUAUGUUCCCGAUCGGUCAUAUAUCACGAAUUUGGUUCAAUUAAAGAGGUGAAUAUUUUCGAAUCUGAAUACAUGUUGACCUUUUAGUGAGUGCACCGAAUGAAUUAAAAUGGGUUUAAUGUCAAAACAUUUUUGCAGCUGGAAAAAUAUUCUGGUGCGUGUUACGUAUUCAAAUCAAGUACGAUAACACGAUUUAUAUACAUAUAUACAAAAGGAACUGCUGAAGACUGUAGGUAAAUGAAGAUUUACUACGUAUGCGAAUACAUAUUUUUAUGAAGUUAUAUAUGCACAUUAAACUUUUAAUAGGGAUAAUUCAUUAUCGCAUCGUUUCUCACCUACAUCUAUAGGUGUGGAGUUUUACGUCAUUAGAUCAUGUAGAUUGAAUUCCACCUACCAAAUAUCGAAAUCAUUUCACCACUUUCCUCGUAUGUGUGUGUGAGAUAGAGAGAAGGGGGGGGGGUGGUGAGGGAGGGGGAAGGGAUUGGUGGGGACCGUGAAUUAUGUCUGUGAGGGGAUUAUGAAUUUCCCGUGCAUCCAAAGAUAAUCUUUCUAAAGACCCUUUUCCCUAUUCCAGUAUUUUCGUAACACAUAUGUGUAUACAGUGCGUCCAAUAGAAAGGAAACCCGUUUUCAUGGAUAGAUUUCACAAUUAUUGAUUUUUUUUUAAUAUGAAAUUGAUACUUAUGGUAAGGGUGGGAUCUCAUCUUUAAUUUGAGACCAACAGCUUAGCAAAUCAUUCACGCAUGGCAGGUUACAAACAAUAAAUAUUGAGGCCUAUCAGAAACGAUUUGCGCAGAAAUUCACGUGUUAAUCUGAAUCAACACUUAUUUCAGGUAUCAGUGAGAGAAACUUAAAGAAAACAAAAGAAACGCUGAGUCAAUCGUUAUUUAAGCACGGCUGUCGUAUCACGAAUCAAUCUUUUCCAAUUUUUCUGUGCAAACUGAUUUUGACAUCCAAAUUUCAAACUCGUCUUGCUCAUUAAUGCGUGAAGCGUUCGUCGCAUAUUCUGUAUCAAAAUGUAGCGAAAUAAUUGAAUUGUUCGAAGAUGUAAAUGAAAUAUCAUACCAAUUUUCCUUUAAAGGAAAAAUAUGUAGGAAUCCCGGAUUCCUUUUUUCUGGGACGCACUGUAUACACACUACAACUACUCACACAUACACCUCCCAUCCUAUCCAUUUUCCUACUCUUCCUUUUCAGAAACAGACUCCUGGGGAGCGUUUCAUGAAAGGAUUUUAUCCGACAUAUCCUGUUUUAUCCGACAAUUACCAUAGUAACAGUACCUCUCAGCCAAUCAGAAUCAAGGAAAGUUGUCAGAUCUGACAACUUGUCAGACAAAAAUGUUGAUUUUUAAUUCAUCAAAAUUGAAGAUCUGUGAGAUUACAUAGUUUAAGUUUUGGUUUGAAAUACCCAUGCAUGUUUGUUUGUUUAGUGUUUGCUUGUGCAGAGGUGUGUUUGAUUCCAUGUUAAUGUUGAUGUUUAGGUGUAUG